UUUCGAGAAAGUAAUUUUCACUCACCUCAACAAAACCUUCGAAUUUCCGGCAUUCCGCUGCUGUUUCUGACUACUAAACUCCACAGGUUGACAAAGUUUUAUGGUGCGUGGUUUUUCUCCAGCUGCUGCAGCUGCUGUUUUUAGGAGGCAAAAUUUCUUGAUAAGGUGUUUGGGAGGCUACAGAAAAGAGAAGAACUACAGCAACAAUUUCCAUCAUCAUUGUGUUAUCAGAAUGCAUUCUGCCAUGAGCGGUGGUCUCUCUUUGGAAGCUGACGCAGUUAGCAUUUUGAGAUCAAUUACUCCUACUCUUGACCCAACCAGACAUAAAGGCCAAGCUGGAAAAGUAGCUGUCGUUGGUGGAUGUCGUGAAUAUACUGGAGCUCCAUAUUUUUCUGCUAUAUCAGCUCUAAAACUUGGUGCAGACGUAUCACAUGUAUUCUGUACUAAAGAUGCUGCUACUGUCAUAAAAAGCUAUAGUCCCGAGUUAAUAGUGCAUCCUAUUCUGGAAGAAUCUUACAGCAUCAGGAAUGAGGAAAAAGGAUCAAUAUUAGCUAAGGUGAUUGAGGAGGUAGAUAAAUGGAUGGAAAGAUUUGAUUGUCUUGUUAUUGGUCCAGGACUCGGGAGGGACCCCUUUCUCCUUGACUGUGUGAGUAACAUCAUGAAACAUGCAAGGGAGUCCAAUGUGCCAAUGGUCAUUGAUGGUGAUGGGCUUUUUCUUGUUGCAAAUUCCCCUGAUCUAGUUAGAGGUUAUCCGUUAGCUGUUCUGACUCCAAAUGUUAAUGAAUAUAAGCGGCUUGUUCAGAAAAUAUUAAAUUGUGAAGUAAAUGAUGAAGAAGGAAGCAAGCAGUUAUUGGCUCUUGCAAAAGGGAUUGGUGGUGUGACAAUCUUACGAAAAGGAAAAUCUGAUUUCAUCACUGAUGGUGAAAAAGUUAGUGCAGUAAGCAUAUAUGGUUCUCCUCGGCGUUGUGGUGGUCAGGGUGAUAUACUUUCAGGAAGUGUUGCUGUAUUCCUUUCUUGGGCUCGUCAGUCUGCUAAUAGAGGAGAGUUGGGUACGAAUCCAACAAUUUUAGGCUGCAUCGCUGCAUCUGCAAUACUGAGAAAGGCAGCUUCUCUUGCAUUUGAUCAGAAGAAAAGGUCGACUCUUACCAGUGAUAUCAUCGAGUGCUUGGGAAGAAGUUUGGAAGAAAUCUGCCCCGUCAUUUCGUGAUAUGAAUAAACCCAUGAUAGAGUCCGAGUAGUUUGGCUUCUUGCCGGAAUUGGUCAAAACCCGAUAGGGGAAAACUGAUAUAAAACUAAAAGUUGAAGCAUCUUUGUAUGGAUAUUAAUUUUUUUUUAAAAAAAAAACCUUUAUAUGAGAGUUUAAAUUCGCAA